AUGGUUCGUUUGAAGAGCCGAUACAUUCUGUUUGAGAUUUUAUAUCCCGAUGAAGGAGGCAUCGAGGGAACGGCCCAUAUCACCAAGAGGGACAUUCUACUGAGACUUCAUCGGGUCUCGCCGCCGGAUAUAUCAAUCAAGUCAUUACUGCAGGAAAUACGACGAUCGCUACAGGUUAAUUUUGGAGACUACGGGUCUGGGAAGGCGAACUCUUUAUUGCAAGUGAAAUAUUUUUCCAAUAUGACAUCAACUGGGAUUCUCAGAUGUCAUCGUGAGGAUUGUGACUUGCUGGUUGCUGCACUGGCUCUUAUAACCAAAGUGGGUGACGUUGACGGGCUCAUGGUAAAUCCUAUUAAGAUGAGUGGUACUAUAAAGAAGAUUGAGGAAUAUGCCGGAAGGCGAAGUGAAAAACUACUGUCUGUUCUCAAGCAAAAUGAUGAGAUAGCACUCGAUAAUUUCCACGAUGUAAGCGAAGAUGAAGACCAGGAGGAAUAA